CUCACUAUCACUGCACUUAUUUUUUCUGCAUAUACUGCAGGUGGGUCCAAAUGUUUUCCAGUUCAAAGCUGUCAUUCAGACAAACCCAACUACUGGGUCAAUUCCGGGGAUACUCUCUUGCGGAGAUAUAUACAAUGUAUAUAUAUCUAUAUGUAUUUUAAUGGAUAGGACAUGUCCAACCUGUCCGCGCAUGUUACAUGUCCUAGAUACUAGUAUAUCACCGGCCGCUUAGAUAGCAAAUAUAAGUAAAAGGUCAUUUUCCUGCAGCCUGGGGAGUGACGUUCAUGUUGUGGACCAGGCAAGGAAAAACAUCACAAUUGUUGGGAAAGAACAGUAUUCAGACUUGCUUUUAGAAAGAUGGUUUUGGUAUCUGGGGACCCAAUGAUUGCAUCCAUGGCCGAAUCAGUUUGCCUAUCAGAUUAUUAGUAUGGCAGGAGAUAAACUGAACCAAGCAAGAGAGAUGGAGAAUUGAUGUCCAAGAGAGCCUAGUCUAUAUGAAAAAACUCAUUAAGCGAGGGGUGAACAUUUUGGGUUCUGAAGACCUCAUGAUAGGCAUUGUUGUUGCUCUUCCACUGAGAUACCAGUCCUUAACAGGCUCUGGCUUUGCUAGAGUGUGACCGAGUGAGGGUUGAGCAUUUUGGCUUCUGAAGAUCUCCUCGUUAACAGUGUUGGUGCUCUACCACCGAGGUACCAGUCAUCCACAAGUUCUAGUGUUGUUUGAACCUCCAACAAUAUCGAGAUGGAAGGAAAACACAUUGCCAAUCAUCCUCAUCAGCACGAGCAGCAGCAGCCGAAAGGGAUGGAAACUAGUCAUAACAAUGAUCCUCAUGAUAAAUGGGUUUGCCGGUGGUGUGGAUGGACAUACCCUAACGCGCAUCCGAGUGCAAAGCAUAGGAGGAACCACAAGAAGCAUUGUGGCAAGAUAGAGGGUUUCAAGGUGAUUGAUACAGCAAAAAAGGAACUAAAAGGUGGUUCCUCAGAUGAUGAUUUAUCAGAAGAUGAACAUAUGUCAACAGUGAACAACAAGAUGGAAGGAGAACAUAACACCGAUCAUCAACACGAGCAGCAGCAGCCGAAAGGGAUGGAAACUAGUCAUAACAAUGAUCCUCAUGAUAAAUGGGUUUGCCGGCGGUGUGGAUGGACAUACCCUAAUGCGCAUCCGAGUGCAAAGCAUAGGAGGAACCACAAGAAGCUUUGUGGCAAGAUAGAGGGUUUCAAGGUGAUUGACACAGCAAACAAGGAACUAAAAGGUGGUUCCUCAGAUGAUGAUUUAUCAGAAGAUGAACAUAUGUCAACAGUGAACAACAAGAUGGAAGGAGAACAUUACACCGAUCUUCAACACCAGCACGAGCACCUGGUGCAACCAGCAGGAAUCAAAACCCAUCAUACAAAAGAUGAUCAACAUGAAUAUAUUUGCCACCAGUGUGGAUGGAAAUACCCAAAUCCGUAUCCAGGUCCUAAGCAUAGGAGGAAUCACAGAAAGCAUUGUGGCAAGAUAGAGGGCUUCAAGUUGAUCACUUCAGAAGACAGAGAAACACAAGGUGGUUCAUCAGAUGAAGUAUCAUCAGAUGAUGAACAUAAGUCAAUAGAGCACGUUGAGAUGGAAGGAAAACACAUCAGUAGUCAUCAUCUUGAGCGUGAGCAGAAGCAGCAUGUGCCAGCAGGGAUUGAAACUCAUCAAACAAAAGAUCCCGGUGAUGUAUGCACUUGCCACCGGUGUGGGUGGAGAUACCCUAAUGCACAUCCAAGUGCCAAGCAUAGGAGGAACCACAAGAAGCAUUGUGGGAAGAUAGAGGGCUUCGAGCUGAUUAGUUCAGGAGACAGAGAUACACAUGGGGGCUCUUCAGAGGAGUUGUCAGACGAUCAGCACAAGUCAAUAGAUCAUGAGAAUCUUGAUUCUCAGAAAGACAAUAGUACUAUCCCUCAAACACGUGCAUCUGCGCCAAAACCAGACAACAAUUCUAGCAAUCUGGAGGUAAGUUCAAGUGAAGCCAAUGUUGGAAAAGCUGGCCAGAAAAUGGACGCUUCUGAUAAUGCAACAUUACAUUCAUCUCAGAUCAUUGGUCCAGAUGCAAAAGUGAGCAAUUUAAGCUCAUUGCAUGAAAGUGCAAAGGAAGUUUCAGAGGCAGCUACUGGCACAAUUACAGGGCUUGGAUUGCAUGGACAGAUUGUAUCUGGGACAACUGAACUGCCAAAGAAUUCUACAGGACAUGAUAUAUUGAGCUUCAAACAUGAGUCGACCUCAAUUUUCAAGGAGGUACUAAAUAGAGACAACAACCAAGAUGCCAGUGGACCUGUUGAGCAUCAAGAGUUCACAGUUAAAGGCCAUCAUGACUAUGCUGAUUUGAAAAUUCCAAACAGCAAAAUAGAUGGUAGAGUUUUGCCUCUGCUAGGAGAGUCAAUUCCAUCUGUUGUUCAACCCCAUCCAGGCUCUGAUGAUAUAGGUGGUUGUGAUUUGCAAAUCAUUAAUGAACCAGUGAAAGAUGACCCUAGAGUUUCCAAAAAGCAGCCGCAUAUUCCUAAGGAUGUUAAAAUAUCAUUUGCAAAAGUACAGGAUCCAGGUAAAAUUGAACUUGGCAAGUCAGCUACUACAACACAAGCUCCAAUACAUCAUAGCAAGGGAAUCGGUUCAAGGAAAGUUGGAAUUGCAUCAAUUCUCUCCUUUAAGGAAGCAAAUUCUGAUGACUUGAAUGACAAUUCUUCUUCAGUUGAGGAAUCUCGAGCGUCUGCUGGAAAAAUAAUCUAUAAGCUGGCUCAGAUCAAUCAUCAAGUUUCUGACGGCAAAACACAAGAUGUUUCCAUUUCUGAAAUGAAAGAACAAGAGAUGCAAAAUGAUAUGAAGAUUACUUCCGAUUGCAGUAAAGGCUUGAGUUCAAUUCUCUUUUCAGGAGCUCACAGCCAGAAAGAAAACCCUCAAUCAUGUACACUGGAACCACAAAUAGAGAAGUUGCUUCAAUCUUCAGCUAUCACAAUUGACUCAUCUGUAACUAAUCUUGAUCUUGAAGGGACAGGAGGUGUGGCCCAUCAUCCAGAAGCAAAUAGCACCGUGGCAGAAGGUAUCUCUAAACCUGAAGUUUAUACUGAAUCCAAAAAUGCUUCUCCUAUCAAUGGGGAUUCUGGGAGUUGCAGAGAAAGGGAAAAGCCUCAAACUUUUUAUAAUAUAAAUUCAGAUAAGAUGUUGUCCCUCGAAACAAAUGACACCUUAAUAGCAAGUGGCUUGGUUAAACAGGAUACACUAAAGGAAACAGAAGUCCCCUGUUCUAAAGACAUUGAUAAAACGUCAGGUCAGAAGAAUGAUUUGCAGGCUUCAAGCAAGGUAGUUAUUGCUGUUCAAGAUAUGAGCUUUGUAGAUGGAUGCUUAACAGAAUCUUCAGAAGCAGCUAAAAAGCAAGAAGUUGAACACAGUGCUUGCGUAGUCUCGAAUUUGAUUGACCAUGAUAAGAAUGAUUUUGAUCGAGACUAUAAAAAGGAAGAUUCUACAAAACAAAAGAGCAUACUUUCAGAUAUGGAUGUAUUCAAACAUGAAGUUGAAAGCAGUGCCUGCAUAUUCUCGAGUAUAGACCAUGAUAAGAAUGUUUUUGAUCCUGACUGUAAAAAAGAAGAUUCUAGAGAACAAAAGAGCACACUUUCAGAUAUGGACGUAUUCAAACAUGAUGAUGCUAAUGAAAUUGCACAGGAAAAGUUGAAUAAAACACCUGCCGGUGAAGUAGUAGUUGAUGAGAAACGUGCAGCACCAGAAUUUCAUCUGUCAGAAAGUGUGGAUUACUCUCAAGAAGAAAACACUGUAGAACAAAAUAUCUUAGUAAAACUUGAAGAUCAUGUUGAGUCUAUGGACAUUUCUCCUCUCAUCUGUGGGGAUACCGACAAGUUUAGAGAUGAAGAGAAGCCUGAAAGUUUUCAUCAUAAAUUUUCUGAUGGUAUGUUACACCUUGAAGAAGACAAAGAGAAAGUAAUAGAAGAUGCCUUGUUUAAACAGAAGCCAGUAAAGGAAACCUGCUCUAAAGCUGUUGAGACAACCUCAUGUGAGAAGCAAGAUGGACAGGAUUCAAGUAUGGUUUUUCCUGAUCCAGGAAUCAGUUGUACAGAUAACCCUCCAACAGAAAAUUCAAAUGCAGGGGAAAGGGAAGAAGUCAAAUACCGUGCCUUAAGCUCAAGUACAAUUGAAUGUGGGAUGACUGAUUGCAGUCCAGAUUGCAAAGUACAGAAUUCUACUCAAGGUGAUAUCACAUUGUCAGAGAGGGGCAUGCAUGAUGAUACUAAAGUAAUUGCAGUGGAAACACUGCCUAAAAUAAACAUAAAUGAAGCCAUUAGUGAAAACUCUGCAUUAGAAUCUCAUCAGCCGAAGGACAUGGUCGAUACUGAUGAAGAAAAAAGCACUGUAGAACAAACUAUAUCUGUCAAACAUGGAGAUUAUAUUGAAUCUAAACACAUGUCUCCUAGCAAUGAUCUUUCUGACAGUCAUAGAGAUGAAAGCUCUUCAAAUUCCAAUAUUGGAAAUACUGAAGAUAUUUUACAGCCUGAAGCAGAUAAAAGUAUGAUAACAGGAUCUGAUUUAUCUAAGCAUGCAUUUUUAGAUGAAGCAAAGGUACCUUACUCUAAAGGCGUUGAAAGAGACAUAGAUCAGAAGCUAGAUUUACAAACUUCAAGUGAACUCGUUAUUCCUGAUCACAGAAUGAGUUUAGCAGGCAGCUGUCUGGUAGAAGACACAAAAUCAGGGCAAAUGCUGUCAGCAGAAUGCAGUGGCUUUACAAAAAUGAGUAUAAUUGAAAGUGACUUGAGAGAUGGUGAUCCAGGUUGCAAGAGCAAAAGUUCAAUACAAGGAAAUACUGUACUGCCAGAUGUGGACAUGGAUGGAGACAUAGAUAGCAAUAUAAGGCCACAGGAAAAAUUUCCUAAAUCAUCUGCCAAUGAUGUUGAUCAAGAAUCUGCAGCCUUAGAAUCUGUUCAGUCAAAAACAAGAGAUACUGAUUCAAGAUUGCAAGGUGAUGAUCAUAUAGAUUUAAAGGCUGAAAUCCGAAGGGAAGGAGCAGACUGUGAAGGCAAUGAAAAGGGACCAGAGCAAUCUGUAAUAGAACAAAUUGAGCAACUUCAAGCAGACAGAGUUUUUGUUGAUAAAUCUUGUUCUCCAACAAAGGCAUCUUCGCAUUUAAAUGGCAGCAUAGAUAAUCUGGAGAAUUCAUCUAGAGAGUCCAUAGAUGGUGUUCACGGAGACAAAAGUAAGUUGAUGAAAAAUUGUGAGCCAGCACUCUGGGAACAAUUGCUAGAAACCAAUGUGAACAAGUCAAUAAAUCAGGAGACCAACCAAGGCCAUGGAAAUGCUGGAACCUCUCCUGGAAAUCCAUUCAUUUAUGAAAAUAAGCUCUCGAACAAAGAAGAUGUACCUGAAACUUUAGCUAUUGAGGGAAGACAUGGAUUGAUAUCGGAGCAGCUUGAAAAUAUGUUUGCAGUGGCAGAGAGUAUGCCUUCUACAACCAAUAAUAGAGUUGAGCAAGAUCCAGUCAUUAAUACUGGAAAUGAAGGGGGUGGUGAUAUGAAAGCUAUUCAUUCAAAAGAGAAGACUCCUGAAACAUCUUUGAUGGCUCCGGAAGAUUUGUUUGAAGCUCCUUCUUUCAUGACUUUGGUUGAGUCAGGCAAUUAUUCUGGGCAACAGCUUAGUCAUAAUGAAAUCCAGCCGAAAGUUAAAGAAAGUAAUGGUGAGUUGAGUGCAGAUGCAGAGAUGGCAUCUGGAACACACGAAAGAUUUCAUACACCUUUGAGGAGCCUUUUAGCAGAAGAGAAUCUUCGAGGAACUCAAGAAUAUUCUAAACCAGAUCCUGUACUCGUCUUUCAACCUCAAACAUCUUCUCAAAACAAAAUUCAGGUGGUGCAAACAUCAACUGUAGAAGUGAGUGAUCAAACUGGUACAUCAUCUCAAAAACUAACACUUCCACUAAAGGAUAUCAACUCCUCUUCAAAGAAAUUGGCAGAAAAAGUAUGGAACUCUCCAGCAAGAUUACCGAGUCUGAAGAUUGAGAAACAAAAAGUCAGCAAAGUUAAAUCAGCCUGGACCAUGUGUUUAUGUGGUUGUGAUACCAAAUGAUCCCCUCCAGUUUAUAGCAUAAUCUAUUGCAAAAUAGCUUGACCAGUAGCUAACUUGCAAUGAGAAAUUAGAAGUUAGUUUGGUGCUACUCAACACUUCCAAGCAAAAUGACGCUUUUCAGUGCAUUCGCUACAAUUUGCAGUAAUUUCCCUGUUGAAUCUUCACUGGUAAAGGGCAAAUAAUAUUGUAAAAGUGACUGUUAGGAUGUAGAUGGCAUGUUGCAGGAUGUAAAUAGUGUAUCUUUUGUCUCUAAUUGUUUCUAUCCAUAUUUCUUGUCCCAUGUGGUGAUCUUUAAAUUUUUUUGAUUGUAAAUUGCAAUUUGUUGAACAUUAGAAUCUGAGGGUGUAUGAGAGCCUUUGAACACCAGCAUUCCUAAUUUCAUAUUAAGGCUGUCAUGCAAUGUCAUAAUCACAUGUAUAUUUAGUUGCCUUUUCCAAAAUUAACUUUGACGAUGUAUGGCAUUCUCUAUUACAAUAUAUUUUUAGUAUAACUGUGUAUAUUGAAGAGA